AUGCCAAUCAACCAUCCCCACGCCAACCGUCGUAACGAUGUGGCACCCGAGGAAGAAAUUGAGCCACCCAAAAUAUACGAGCCAAUUGGUCUGAAUGAGGCCGUGAUUGAAAGCUUUCCCGUUGCAGGAACAAAAGUUAUUUCGUCUCAUCGUUAUGGGCGGUCUCUCUGGGGAGGAUGUGCCAAAAUAACCACCAAGCUCCUUGAUGGCACGAUAAAGACAUAUUUUCUUAAGGAAGCCAAAGGGCCGUCUGCAUUCGUGAUGUGUGAAGGGGAGUUUGAGUCCAUCAAAGCAAUCAACAGCGUCUCACCAACACUCGCACCAAAACCUUGGAUCUGGGGCAAGUAUAAGGAGGAAGAUAGCUACUUCAUGCUCACUGACUUCCGAGAGGUCGGCCAACAACCUCCAGACCCGGUUAAAUUUACUGCAAGGUUGGCAGGCCUGCACAAAAGUUCGGUUUCGCCAACAGGGAAAUUUGGCUUCCAUACGACUACCUGCCAUGGUACCAUAACCCAAGUCACUGAUUUAUGGGAGCAGUCGUGGGCGGUGCUCUAUCGCAAACAACUAGCCCACAUGUUUGCUAUGGACUUGGAAAAGCAUGGUCGAUGGCCCGAGUUUGAACAGCUAUGUGAUAUAACUCUGAACAAAGUAAUACCCAGGCUACUCGAGCCUCUUCAGAGCGAUGGAAGAAGUAUAAAGCCCUGCCUUCUUCACGGAGAUUGCUGGGAUGAGAACACUGCAACAGACCAGGCCACUGGAGAACCGUUCAUAUUCGAUGCAGGUUCUUUCUAUGGCCACAACGAGUACGAUAUCGGGAACUGGAGAGCACUCCGUCAUCGCCUAAGUGAGAGCCGCUAUGUGGAGAGCUAUAAGGAGAAUUUUGAGCCCUCCGAACCGAGUAUGGAAGAGGUUGACUGGAAUGGAAGAAACCUGCUGUAUUCGUUAAGGUUCAAUACCGGAACCUCUAUCUUGAUUGACAAAUGUGGUCAAAGAGAGGCGAAGGUAACUCAUGGCUUCAAGGGUGUUCGAAGACAAUGGUGGAAUACUUUCUCAAAGAACCUUGUGUCCAACGUUGGGUAA